AUGGUUGAAUCGUUUGACGAGUAUGAUCAAAUAGCAAGAAUAUACCCAUACAGAUAUCAUUACAAUUAUAAUGGUAUUGGUGGUUCAAGACCACGUCAUCCAGAGUACAGAAACCCUAUAACUCGUCUUGAAUCAUUUGUUAAUUGGCCAAGGCCGGAUAUAGACAUCGGAAAGUUAACAGACGCUGGAUUUUUCUACGAAGGUAACGAAGAUAAAGUAGUUUGCUUCCAUUGUGACAGUGUACUUUUCAAUUGGCAGACAGAUGAUGAUCCAUUCGUUGAACAUGGUAUACAUAGCAAAAACUGCUAUUUUAUGUAUGUAAAAUGUGGUUGCGAUUUUCCUUUACGUUGUGUUUUAGAAACUAAACCACAAAUACCAAAACCAGAACUACCGAGAGUGGAUAUCGGCAGAUACAAGUGUAAAAUCUGUAGAGAAAAGGAAAUUGGUUGUAUUUUCCAUCCUUGUGAACAUACAGUGUCUUGUACGGACUGUGCAAUUGAUCUUGAUUCGUGUCCAAUUUGUAAAACUAGUAUUCGAAAAAUACUACGUUUAUCACUAGUUGAUUAA